AUGGACCCCCCUUCGGGUGUCUAUUUGCACCAUUCACCAAAUGAAAAGUCUACAAAUAAACUGUCUAUGAAAAUUAUAGAACCUAAUGAUUUUCCUAAACCUUCAAGCCAUGCCCCGGAAUCUCAUGCAAGUUCAAGCAGUAGUACUAUAACUCAAUCUACUGCAUCUUCAUCUGGUGAACUACCAGUUCCUCCUCCUAAAAAGAGAGCCAGGAUAUCUAAAGCUUGUCAGCAUUGUCGUAAAAAGAAGAUUAAAUGUGAUGGUGGGAAACCUUGUAAUAAUUGUGUUCAAUCCAACGGAGGUAAUUGCGUUUAUGAAGAAGAUCCUGAAAGAAAAAUCAAAAUACCAACAAAAAGAAAAACCCCGGGUACUUCAAAGACUCCAGUUAAACAAACUCAAACUAUUAAAGAAUUAGAUGAGAGAUUGCUGCGAAUUGAACUCAUGUUGAGUGAUUUAACCACUGAAUUACAAGCGUCAAGAGUGAAACCACCUGUUGUAUCUGAUACUACAUUAAGUGAAAUAACUGAAGAAUCAGAAGCAGAAGAUCCACAAUCAAACCCAGAAAUUGAAUCCAAUGCAUUGAGAUCAUAUGCUGCUAGUCAUGUAUUUUCCAAAGAAUCGGUUAGUUCUAUGCUACUGUUUCUAGAUGGAAAAGACGAAACUGCCAAACAGAAAUAUGAAGAAGAUAUCAAUAGUAUGGGUGAGAUCUACAAUUACUAUGCCCAGGCUUUCCUAGAUACGGUCUGUCAACCAAUUAAAACAAGACUCCGGAAAAGGUUUGAAUUGAUGGAUAGUAUAUUUACCGAUGAGACUUUACCAUUAGCCAUAUUGAAUCACUAUUAUGACCGAAUAUUUUUCCUUAGAUUAAUUAUUGAUAGAAAGUACCUUGUGGAGCUUUUUGAGAAGUAUUAUAAGGAGAAAAACAUGCCUAAUAGACAGGUAUUCAAAUGGAGUGAAUUACUAAUCAUGUCGGCUGCAAUUGGUCUUACUGUUUCCUUGAUCCUAGAUGAAAGAAAUAUGGGUAAAACUGGAGAGUCAGAAUUGAUCAACAAUUUGAAUGAUGUUCAACUAGUCGAGAUUAAUUCUAAAUGUUUCUACUCAAUGGUUCUUUAUUAUAAUCGAUUGUGUUUCAUAAGUGAAGGUCUUUCAAGUAUACAGGCAUUGGUGUUUUUUGUUAUUUACUUGGAAUCCAUCAUUUCCUCAGUUAGAGUUAACUUGAUUCCGUUAACAAUUGCUGUCAAAUAUGCUCAGGAUUUGGGAUUACAUCUACACGAAACAUACCAAGGCUUAAGUUGGGAUGAGCAGGUGAUGCGAAAGACACUUUGGUGGUUUUGUGAGUACUAUUCAAUAGAAUAUAGUACAAGGGCAGCUCAGCCACUUAAUUUGACAUUAGAUGAAAUUAUGAGUUUAGAGGAUGUGUCUAGUAAUGCCGUCAUUAAGUCGAAUUGGAGCUUACUUGAAUCUUAUUUCAAAUCGCCGAACGAUAAAUCUAUCCUUUCAAAAAUUCAUGAAACAAAUUCCACGCAUAAAUGCGUAUCCUACAUGAUGUAUUGUCUAUCUAAAAUUAGAAUCAAAUCGUUUGAUCUGUUGUACAAGUCAAACUGUAAGAUGACCGUUGCACAAUUGAUUAAUAAUCUUGAAUUGUUAAAUGAAGAAAUGAAAACAGUCAAUAAUGCACCUUUGUCCUUCAAGUUUUAUGAUGAUGAUCAAUUCAUGUUCAAUUCUAAAAAAUCGGUCUCAUUAGUUAAGAGAUUGGAUAAUGGUUAUGAAAAUUAUUUAUUUCUGAAUUUUGUUUAUUUUCAACAUCUAAUGACUAUCAAUAGGAUCAAAAUCCCAUCAACAGCUGCCAGAAAAUACAUCGAAAAAGUGAAUGAAUUCACAUCAAUUGCAAACAAAUCAGCAAGGACUGUUUUACACAUAGCAAAAUCGCUUGAACUUGAUGAAUUGCCUUCCACUACAUACAGCUCGAUUUUGUAUUAUCCUUAUUUUGCAUUCUUACACCUUGCAACUUCUUGUAUUUCUCAUCCUCAUCAAUCUGAUAUUGAGCAAGAUUUAAAAUUACUUAUUGAUGUGUCUAUGUUCUUUUUUGCCUACAAACUCGAUUCUAAAACUGUACGAAUCAAAAGAAAUUGUGUACGUCAAUUGUUUUAUGAUUUAUUGACACGGUACUUGUUAAAUAUUGUGAUUAAGUUAAUUGAUGGUGAAGUAUCAAAGAGAUUAUUCAAAAAGUAUAAAAAUCUUAAAAAUCAUCUUAAUAUGUUGUCAAAUUUUAAAGAAUUUUUCAUUGAGGAAAAUCAAAUUGGUAUAAAUAAAUCACACACAAAUCAAGUGUUGCGGAAAUGGUUCAGUCCUUAUGAAUUAGUUAAAACGAAUACUGGUAAUAUCAAUAUUCGUAACAAUUCUUCCACUCCUGUAUCAAUAUCUGAAAACAUCACUUCACAACAUCAUCAAUCAUCAAUACCUCAAAAUUCUCAAUCUAUUCCAAUUAAUGAAAAUAAUCAAAAUAAUAAUCAUACUUAUCAACAAUUAGGAUUACCUCCUCAACAACAGCAACAACAACAACACUAUAAUGAAUACAAUUCAGAAUAUCGGGACUCUUCAGCAUCUUCCAUGCAACAAAUGUUUCAAUUUCCAAUUCAUGGACCUGAUCCAAAUUCAGCUUCUAGUCCCGGUCAAGCUGCUGCCCGUGGACAUACAGCAUAUAAUAGAGACCAAUAUCCAACUGAAUCUUUAUUACCUACACAACAACAACAACAACAACAACAUAUAUCAAAUCAUCAGACACCUAUGAGCAUAACUCCACAACUUCCUCAACCUCCUCCUCCUCAGGUUCCACAACAACAAGGUAUGCUUCCCGUUGAAAACAUAUUUCAUCACACAUUAAGUGGAAUUGGUUUAAAUACAAAUUUCAUUAAUUUUGAUGAAGUAGAUGAUUAUAAUGAGAAUUUUUUCAAUCCAAAUACGAGUCAACAACAACAACAACAACGACCUCUGUGA